AUGGCAUCUGUGGGAAAUCUGGAGCCGUUUGACAUCGCUCAACCUGAAAGAUGGCUAUCGUACUAUGCACGCUUCGAACUCUAUUUGAUGGCCAAUGAUGUACAGGAGGGAGAGCGUCAAAAAGCAAUAUUCUUGACAUUGGCCGGACCGAGUCUCUUUGACCUCCUUACAUCAUUGGUAGCACCUAAACCGGUAGGUGAAUUGAAACUUAAGGAGAUCAAAAGUACGCUGACUAAUCAUUUUUCUCCUAAACCUUCCGAAAUCGCUGCGUUCUAUAAAUUUCACAAGCGCGACCAGCAACCCAAUGAAAACUUUGCUGAUUACGUUGCUGCUUUACGGAAGCUGGCGGUCGAUUGCAGUUUUGGUACCGCUCUGGAUCGUAUGCUGCGUGACCGGUUGGUUUGUGGGUUACGUGACGAGGCACUACCAUGCAGUUUGCUCGCUGAGUCUGACUUACAGCUGCAAAAGGUGAUUGAUCGUGCUACCACAGCUGAAGCUGCCACGAAAAAUGCAUUGGAGAUACGCCAACCUGAUCAUGUCCAACAAAUCAUAAGACGAAACGGUAAAAACUACAACCAGCAAAGUAGUCACAAGCCAUCAACCUAUCGCAGUAGUGCAGCAAUGAAGCCAUGCCAGGGAUGUGGAAGAAAACAUGCACGUGUCAAAUGUCCUUACCUUGAGACUGUAUGCUCUUCAUGUGGAAUCAAAGGGCAUCUACAGUGCGUUUGCCGAUCAACCAGCUCAUCCCACAAUUCAAAUGCCCAUCGACAAGAUUCACACAAGAAGUCAAAUUCAACGCAACAAAAGAACACAAAAAAACACUCGGUAAAUCAAAUUCUACCACUCGUGGAUUUAAAGAAAUCCACUACCAUAACAAUCAAUGGACGACCCUGCAAAUUUGAAGUCGAUUCUGGGUCCAAUUACACAAUUAUGUCAUCAUCGACAUUCGAGCGCGUGUGGGCGGGCGCUAAUCCAAAAUUAUACAAAUGUGAACUACAGCUCGUUGACUUCCAAGGCAAUCGCAUUCCAAUAAAGGGCAUAGUGGAUGUGCAAAUUAACUACAACGGCAUAUUAGUGAAUGAUCUCCCGGUUGUCGUCGCUGAUGAGCUGGGAAAGUGUACCGGACCGCCCGUGUCUCUUCAAAUCGAUCCAUCUGUACAGCCGAUUCGCCUUCCGCCCCGUCGCAUACCAUUGUCAACUCGUGGCCUUGUAGAAGCUGAAAUAGAACGCCUAAUAUCUCAGGGUAUACUAGAACCAACUGAAUAUUCAGAAUGGGCAACGCCAAUUGUGCCCGUUCCCAAGAGUGACGGCUCGAUCAGAAUUUGUGGUGAUUAUAAAUCAACACUCAAUAAGGCACUUAAACCACAAUGUUUUCAAAUUCCGGCUGUCAGCGUGUUACUCUCAUCAAUUGAAGGGGGCAGCGUGUUCGCAAAAUUGGAUCUAGCGCAAGCAUAUCAGCAACUAGUCGUGGAUGAGAAAUCUGCAAUUCUGCAAACUAUUGUAACACACAAAGGCAUUUUUCAAAAUUUUAUUGAAAACCUCCUGCGUAACAUUCCUGGAGUGCUACCAUACUUCGAUGAUAUCGUAGUUAUGGGGAAAUCUGAGCAAGAGUUAGCCCAUCGCCUGGAACAAGUUUUUCUUCGAUAUGACAACGCUGGCCUUCGCCUGCAUAAAGAUAAGUGUAAAUUCAAUGAGAUAACGAUAGAAUUUCUAGGAUUUAAGCUGGAUUCGUUUGGUAUCCGACCAGCUCCAGGGAAAUUGAAAGCUAUUCAAAACGCACCACCACCAAGCGAUAAAAAACAACUACAAGCGUUUCUAGGGCUUCUUAAUUUCUACCACUGUUUUUUGCCACACAAAGCAACAAUUGCUGAGCCCUUGCAUCGCCUGCUCGACAAAAAUUGCAAAUGGUUGUGGACGUCGCAUCAUCAAGAAGUUUUUGAGCAACUCAAACAACUUAUCGUGUCUGAUCGUGUUCUUGUCCACUACGACGAGAAGCUGCCUCCUGUGCUUGUGUGUAAUGCAUCGCCUUUUGGAGUUGGCGCAGUCUUGAGCCAUCGUAUGCAAGACGGUUCUGAAAGACCAGUGGCUUUUUACUCUCGCACGUUGAACAAAACUGAAAGGAAUUAUGCACAAAUUGACCGGGAAGCUGUAGCAAUUAUUGCUGGUGUCAAGAAAUUCAACGACUACUUAUACGGUACGCGUUUUACGAUUGUCACCGAUCAUCGUCCCCUACUUGGUAUUUUUAAUUCAACAAAGCCUAUUCCCGCAGUCAUUUCUAAUCAAAUGCUUAGAAGGUGUAUCUUUCUCAACGCUUACGACUUUGAAAUCAUUCAUCGCUCUGGGAGCAGAAUGGGAAAUGCAGAUUUUCUUAGCCGUUUUCCUGUUGACACAUACGCAAAAAAAGAUGAGGAACCAUCUGAAGUGUUGAUGAUAGAAAUGACUACGCAUCCCGUGCUCGACGUUAAACAAGUCGCUUCGCUCACAGCAAAAGACUCCGAUACAUCUAUGGUGCUAAGCUGGGCGUUAAGGGGAUGGCCGAAUACUCUAACUCGUGAAAAUAAACUAUAUCCCUACUUCGUACGUCGCACUGAGAUAUCAACAUUAAAAGGAUGUUUAUUAUGGGGUAAUCGCGUCAUCGUACCUCCGGGUGGUCGACAAGUAAUCCUGGAUGCACUGCAUGCAAGCCACCCUGGAAUUGUGCGCAUGAAAGCCUUAGCGAGGAGCUACGUGUGGUGGCCCCAAACAGACGCUGACAUCGAACGCGUGUCAAGCUUUGUACACCAUGCCAAGUUACACGCCACAACAACUCGCAAGCUCCUGUACACGUGUGGUAGUCGACCAAAGUUCCAUGGCCACGGCUACACAUUGACUUCGCAGGCCCUUUUCAGGGCCGACAAUUUUUCAUUGUAG